UUUUCAGGGGAGCUGCAGCUCAGAGGUGGAUAAAGUUCGUCUCCACGUUGGAAGUGAAAGAAAAUAGUAUCCCAAAUCAGGCACUAUUUUCUCCGUUUGAGAAGAAGGGUCGACCUAAACAGAAUAUUUGGUAGGACAUUUCGUUCUGUGUGGCGGGGAAACAACGCCUUUUUAAUCGAUGCUCGGCCGUCAACUAGAGAAAAGUUUUCUCGGGACGCCAAGUUGUCAAGCGAUUCGAACUUCAACAAAAGGCGGACUCCGUCACAAGGCCGAAGAAGGCAAGCCGCAUGUAAACAGUGGACUAUUUUCAAGGUGAGAAGCCCUCUCCUCGAGUGACCCAAACUUCAUGUCCGGGAAAAUGGAAGCGACGUUUUACGACGACGCAGUGAGCGCGUCCAACCCUCACCACGACGGGGCGAGGGUGUACGGCUUCAACACGAAAGCCCUCAAACAGUCAAUGACCCUCAAUCUAAACGACCCACGGAACUUUAAACCCCACCUGGGCUCCAAGGCCCUUGACAUUCUCACGUCGCCCGAUGUGGGUCUGCUAAAGCUGGCCUCACCGGAGCUGGAGCGGUUAAUCAUCCAGUCGUGCACGGGCCUGACGACCCCUACCCCAACCCAAUUCGUCUGUCCUAAGAACAUCACCGACGAGCAGGAGGGCUUCGCCGAAGGCUUCGCCAAGGCUCUGGCCGACCUCCACUAUCACCAGAUGAGCAGCGCAGCCCCCCCUGAGGCACCGCAGGCCACCGGCGCGACAUCCGGCCCAUCUGCGUCCGACAUCGGUGACAAUCCGUACAGCUGCACGGUUCGUCCGGAUCCUCCUGAGUACACUAACUUGGGCAAUUUCAACCGACCCGGGUCCACCAGCGCUGGACACCCGCCCUCGUGUUACCCGGCGCCCCCACCGGCUCCCCACGUGGACCAUCAGGCGCAGCAUUCGAGGCUGCGUUCCCUGAAAGAAGAGCCGCAGACGGUGCCUGAGAUGCCCGGGGAGACGCCGCCUCUCUCUCCCAUCGACAUGGAGAGCCAGGAGCGGAUCAAGGCGGAGAGGAAGCGCAUGAGGAAUAGGGUGGCCGCGUCCAAGUGCCGGAAACGGAAGCUGGAGAGGAUAUCUCGUCUGGAGGACAGGGUGAAGAACCUCAAGAGCCAGCACACGGAGUUGGUGUCGUCUGCCAACAUCCUGCGGGACGAGCUGGCCCUGCUCAAGCAAAAGGUCAUGGACCACGUCAACAGCGGCUGUCAGCUCAUCUUGACGCAGCAGCUCCAGGCUUUCUAGACUCCCGGCGGGGAUGCAUGAUGGGACAUGUCUUGGGGGACCAAAUAACUCCGAGCGGCCGGAAGUCUAAAUGAUCGUCAGCUCAGGCACUUUCUACUUCCAACUUUUCUGCAGACACUCACCGUCGCUCAGUUUUAGUGAUGAAUGACGCAGACAAAACAUGACGUCACAAUUGUUACAUUUAGGGUUCUUACUCUUUUAAAAUUCUCCAUCCGAUACUGACGUGAUGCAUCGGCAGACCCUUUACCCCGCCAAAUAUGAUGUCAAACAAGCUGCAAUAAAUACCACGUUAGAUGCACUUGUACAGUAACACUAACAUUGUCUAACCUCUACGCACUCAGGUGUGUGACGCGUUUACUGACUUAACCUGCCUUACUUACUCUUAUUCCUCACAUCGAUGCAACUUUUGGGAUGAAGGUCAGGCGCAAUUCAUGUUAGACGUGAAAUAUUUGUACGCUGUUUUUGAGCACUUCACAAUUGUACAUAUGACUAAAUAAAAAAGUUGAUCUCGGAGAUGCUUUGUGCAUUUU